ACAAGACAGAGGCAACUAUGGGACAAAUACAGGGCGUUGACUCUAAAGGCAAAGGCAAAGAUGUUUCCGGUUCGAUGGUAGAUCCAAAAGAUGGCGUUGACUCUAAAGGCAAGGGCAAACAAGUUCCCGGUUCGUCGGCAGGGCCAACACACGGCGUCGACUCUAAAGGCAAAGGCAAAGAAGUAUCAAGCUCGUUGGUGGGAGAAAACCAAAGUGGAGGAGAGAUCAUUACCGGUCCAUCACCUUUUGAUUACUUACCGGAAGAUUGCAUUUCAAACAUAAUCUCUUUUACAAGUCCUAGAGACGCAUGUGUCUCUAGUUUGGUUUCCAAAACAUUUGAAUCUGCGGUCCAGUCAGAUAGUGUAUGGGAGAAGUUUCUUCCCUUGGAUUAUACUUCUCUGGCUCCUGCAUCGCGGCCUUUCACAUCCAAGAGAGAGCUUUACUUCACUCUUUGCAAUCAUUUUCUAAUCGAAGAUGGCAAAAAGAGCUUUUGGCUAGAGAAAGGGAGUGGGAAGAAGUGUGUGAUGUUAGCUCCAAGACAACUAUGGAUCACAUGGGGAUCAAGUCCUGAGUAUUGGCAAUGGAUUUCAAUGCCUGAGUCUAGGUUUGAAGAAGUAGCUGAGCUUCGCAACGUAUGUGCUUUUGAGAUGGGUGGUAGUAUGAAUACUCAAGUCCUAUCUCCGGGAACUCAUUACUCAGCUUACUUUGUAUACAAGAUAAGGAACCGACGUCAUGGCUUACGUGACUUGCCCAUACAAGUUGGAGUUGGGUUCAAGGGACAAGAUAUGCCUAAAAAGUUCAUAUGUUUUGAUGUGUCUAACGAUAGAGUCAAACAGUGGCCAAGAAAGGAGCUAAUGAAAUCGGAGAAAAGGGAAGAUGGGUGGAUAGAGGCAGAGAUUGGAGAUUUCUUUAAUGAAGAAGAUUGUGAUGAAAUUGAAGUGAGUAUUGUUGACAUUACUUCAGGGAACUGGAAAUGCGGUGUGAUCAUUGAGGGAAUUGAGUUCCGGCCAAAGGAUUGCCGGUAAACUGAUACCAGUUUAGUGUGGUGGAAACCCGGUUUGAUGUUUUGUUUGUAAUCUCUUUGGAAAAAAAAAAUUGUGACAUGAUUUAAAGUUGGGAAAUUG